AUGGUUUUAGUCUUCAGGACAGCGAUGCAAUUUGUCGGACUUUCAUUGUCUUUGCUGGGAUGGGUUUUAUCUAUUAUCACAACCUAUUUGCCGCAUUGGAAGAACCGUAAUCUGGACCUAAAUGAAAUGGAGAACUGGACCAUGGGACUCUGGCAAGCCUGCGUCAUCCAAGAGGAAGUGGGGAGACAGUGUGAGGACUUCGAGUCUUUCUUGGCUUUGCCUGCCGAACUCAGGAUCUCCAGGGUUUUAAUGGUUCUGUCCAAUGGGCUGGGGUUUCUGGGCCUGCUGGUCUCUGGGUUUGGUCUGGACUGUUCAAGACUUGCAGAGAGACAGCAGAGUCUCAAGACACGAAUGCUAAUCCUGGGAGGAAUUCUCUUCUGGACAUCAGGAAUCACAGCUAUUGUUCCAGUCUCUUGGGUCGCCCACGUGACGGUUCAGGAGUUCUGGGAUGAAGCCAUCCCAGAGAUUGUCCCCAGGUGGGAGUUUGGAGAAGCCCUCUUUUUGGGCUGGUUUGCUGGAUUUUCUCUUGUCCUGGGAGGGUGUCUGCUUAACUGUGCGGCCUGUUCGACCCGAGCUCCUCUAGCUUCCAGCCACUAUGCGGUGGCAGAAAUACAAACUCAGGGUCCAUACCUGGAAGAUGGAACUGCAGACCCUACGGUGUAAGACUUUGACAAAACCAGAGAGACACCUCCUAUCUCAACCAGUAUGACAAAGGGGUCUUUGUUAUCUAAUGAAAUCUAUGCUGCUCACACUUUCUCGUUCGUUAACUAUUU